CCAUCUCCCUUAUCCUUGACCACAAGCACCAAACACAACCAUAGUCUGCCAAUAAGAAGGUAGUGAAGCAGCAAAGCUCACACACAAAAAAAUGGCGUCUCUUCUGGGAACUUCUUCAGCAAUCUGUGCUUCACAUUCCCUCUCUUCUUCUUCUUCCUCAACACCUUCGAUCUCUCCCAUUUGCUUCAGGCCAGGGAAGAUCUGUGGAGGAAAGUUAAACGCAGGGAUCCAAAUAAGGCCAAAGAAGAACAGGUCUCGUCACCAUGUCUCCGUUAUGAGUGUCGCCACAGAAAUCAACUCCACUGAACAAGUAGGGAAGUUUGAUUCAAAGAAGAGUGCGAGGCCUGUUUAUCCCUUUGCAGCUAUAGUAGGACAAGAUGAGAUGAAGCUGUGUCUCUUGUUGAACGUGAUUGAUCCCAAGAUCGGUGGUGUGAUGAUAAUGGGAGACAGAGGAACCGGGAAAUCCACUACUGUCAGGUCCUUGGUCGAUCUUUUACCCGAGAUUAAGGUGGUUGCUGGUGACCCUUACAACUCUGAUCCUUUAGAUCCUGAGUUCAUGGGUGUUGAGGUGAGAGAGAGGGUCGAAAAAGGAGAGCAGGUUCCUGUUGUUGCGACUAAGAUCAACAUGGUUGAUCUUCCACUGGGUGCAACUGAAGACCGAGUCUGUGGAACAAUCGAUAUCGAGAAGGCUUUGACAGAAGGUGUGAAAGCCUUUGAGCCUGGCUUGUUGGCUAAAGCCAAUAGAGGGAUACUCUAUGUUGAUGAAGUCAACCUCUUGGAUGAUCAUUUGGUUGAUGUGCUUCUUGAUUCAGCUGCUUCCGGUUGGAACACGGUUGAGAGAGAAGGGAUCUCGAUUUCUCACCCGGCGAGGUUUAUCUUGAUUGGUUCCGGGAAUCCUGAGGAAGGAGAGCUUAGGCCACAGCUUCUUGAUAGGUUUGGUAUGCAUGCGCAAGUAGGGACGGUUAGAGAUGCUGAACUACGUGUCAAGAUUGUUGAAGAGAGAGCUCGGUUUGAUAGUAACCCACAGGAUUUCCGGGAGACUUACAAAACGGAGCAGGAUAAGCUUCAAGACCAGAUUUCAAAUGCGAGAAGCAAUCUUUCCUCUGUUCAGAUUGACCGGGAGUUGAAGGUGAAGAUCUCUAAGGUGUGUUCGGAGCUCAAUGUUGAUGGGCUGAGAGGAGACAUUGUGACUAACAGAGCAGCGAAAGCACUUGCAGCUCUCAAAGGAAAAGACCGAGUGACUGCAGAUGAUGUUGCAACCGUUAUCCCUAACUGCUUGAGGCACCGUCUCAGGAAGGAUCCAUUGGAGUCUAUCGAUUCAGGAGUGUUGGUUUCUGAGAAGUUCGCUGAGGUUUUCAGUUGAACAAGGAGAAAAGAUUUAUGUUAUCAUUUUCUUAACUUUUGUAAACGGUGAGAAGAUCCUGAAACAAACAAACAUGCAAAUCUGAUUCUAUACUUUCUACAUUGAGUUGAUUGAAUGUUCAAACAAA